GCGAUGAGAUCUCCUCGUCUCUUCGCGCUCCCACGAGAAAGUGGUGGUCAGCUCGACCCGACCGGCCGGCUCCCCGCCUGCCUAUAUAUCUCCACGCCGGAGCGGACACCACCGGAGGCCUCGUCACGGUGGUGCGGCAUCGUCGAUCGUCUACGAGCGCAUUCCGGUCGAGAGGCAGAUCGAGGGGGGUCGAGUCGAGCGUCGAGCGAGAGGGAUUGUAUUGUAGCAGGCAGAUCGAUCGGUGUCUCGAUCGUCGCCGGCCAUGGCGUGGAGGGAGAGCUACUUGGACGUGGUGCUGAUCCCGCUCGCCGUCCUCUUCCCCGCGGUGUACCACCUCUGGCUCUGGCGCACCGUCCGCCGCAGCCCGCUCAGCUCCACCGUCGGCAUCAGCGCCGCCGCGCGCCGCCUCUGGGUCUUCUCCAUGAUGAAGAACAACGAGAAGCAGGCGAUCCUGGUGGUGCAGUCGGUGCGGAACGUGCUGAUGGGCUCCACGCUGGUGGCCACGACGUCCAUCCUCUUCUGCACCGGCGUCGCCGCCGUGCUCAGCAGCACCUACGCCGUGAAGAAGCCGCUCAGCGACGCUGUCUUCGGCGCGCACGGCGAGUACAUGAUGGCGCUCAAGUACGUCGUCCUCCUCCUCGUCUUCCUGCUCGCCUUCCUCAGCCACAGCCUCGCCAUCUGCACGCUCAACCAGGCCUCCUUCCUCGUCAACGCGCUCUCCCCGUCGCCGGGGCUCCACCUCCCGCUCACCAGGGACUACGUCGCCGACGUCAUGGAGAGGGGGUUCCUGCUCAACCUCGCCGGCAACCGGUUCUUCUUCGCCGGCGCGCCGCUCCUGCUCUGGAUCUUCGGGCCCGCCCUGCCGUGCCUCUGCUCCAUGGCCAUGCUCCCGAUACUCUACAACAUCGACAUGGUAGAGUACGUCCAGAAAGGGAGCAGCAAUGGCGAGGCCAGAGUGGACAUGGUGGAUACCGAGAGUGAUCAGAGCACUGAAGUCUGAUGAGCUGAUGAUUGCAAGUUCAGACAGGCAGAAAUUCAAGCAAGAAGCAUCAGCAUGGAAUAUGCUCUACAUUGGUGCCCAUUCAACUGUAGCAUGUUGUAAUUUGUUGGGAUGCAUCUGUGCAAGCCAGGCUUCCUUUUCACUGGCAACUAACUAGCAACUGGCUAGUGGGUUGGGUUGGUUAUUUUCUUUAUUGUAUUUGUAAGGAAUAUCCAUGGCAUAUUGACACGACAAUGCAGUAAUGCUUCAGUCAA